AUGAUCGUAAUAUCAUUAUAUUGCUUUUUAUUAUUAUUACUACAUCGAAUAUUGAUCAUAGAAUCGAUAGUACUCCAGUAUGAAACAAAAUGUAAAUCAUCUCAAUUUAUUGAUUUAGAAAAUUUAAUUGGUUCAUUACAUACAUAUGCUCCUAACUCUACUAAACUCAUAGUACGUGAUAUGGGUUUAACAAAUGGACAACAAAACCUAUUAAAAAGAUAUGAAAAUAUUCAAAUUGUAUCUUCAAAUUAUGCUCAAUCAAGCAACAUUCAACAAAUCGAUGUUGAUCAUGAAUUUAUUCUAAUUAAUAAUACUCUUUAUAGUCGAAAUAAUCAAGGAAAAUAUCCAUUUAUUGAUUUGAUACGAAAACAAUUUUCUUUUGCUCUUGUUAUACCAUUUAUUGAAUCACAAUUAAAUAAUUUAAUACAUCUAUUAAAUUUAACCGAAAUUUAUUUACCAUGUCAAAAAUAUUUCCAUUCAACUGAUUUAAUAUUUUAUCAUAAUGAAGAAUCAUCGUCCGCUUUAGAAAAAUAUAUUACUAAAUUAAAUUAUCAAAAUAAAUGUUUUAAAAAUAUUUAUUAUUUUGCAGCUAAUCUAUCAGCAGAUGAAGAUAUGUAUCCUGUUGGUAGUGCUUAUAUGUGGAAAAAAUUAUUUAGUAAUGAAUCAACAAAUACGAUUUCAUUACGUGCACGUGGUUAUACACAUUUUUUUCUUAUGGAACCAGAUACACGACCUAUACGUUCGUAUUGGUUAGAUGCAAUUAUUGAAAAAAUUACAAAUCCAUAUGAUCAACAAUCGUAUAUUUCAACGAAUUGGUGGAUGAUAGGAUCGAUUUAUCGUGGUACAAUACCAUUAGGAAGAGAAUUUCUUCAUAUAAAUGGAAAUGCAUUAUAUCAUCUUUCAUUGGAUUUUAUUCGUUUUAUUGAAAAUGUUUCGAAUGAAAUUCCAAAUGUUUUAGGAAAAACUAACGGCUAUGAUUUAGAUUUAUUUUUAUAUAUGUUUAAGCAUGUUGAUAUAGCAAAAAAUGUUUGGCAUAAAUUUCAGUUUACAGAUCUUAUACAAAAUUGUUGGCAUUCGGGUUGUAAUGAUACAGAUACAGAUUUUAUACAUAUGAAUCCAAAUACAUAUCUUGUUCAUGGAAAUAAAAUUCUUCCAAAGGCAGUAUCUUCAUUAAAGAAAUUUUUUUAUUUUAUUUUAUUAGGAUUAUGCGCGAUGUUUUGUCUACGAUUCCGACAUUAUUGUCGACGAGUUUUUAUAAAUGCAAUAUUGUUAAAGAUUUUUUAG